GUGACUAAAUAUAUAAGAGCUAACAACAUUUCUUAACGUUAGCCGUUUUAAAUUGUUUAUAAGGUUCACGAAACUCACUGCUUUAAAAAUACUAUUACAAUAAUUAAGGUAAAGUUAUUUAAAGCUCAGCAUCCACGUGAUAGAUAUGUUAAAAACAUAAAAAAGCACUUUACUUAACUGAUCAGUUGAUAAACGGAACCGAAGAAUUCACUUCAGGUGGACUGAUGAACGUCACCUCCUCAGCGCUGUGCGGUGACGCGCACGUCUGCCGCGGACGCGCUUCACAGGUCUCCACUGCAAUGAAGGCGCGCACACUGAGAAAACUUCAGCUCUAUAAUCGCCUCAAAUCUUAGCGAUUUUUUUUAGAAAUUUUAUUUUCGUCGGGAGAUGUAUGCCGUUAAAGCAUAUUAAAGUUUGCUGAAUGCGUUGGAUACGGGUCAGAUGUUCUGUAAAUACUAUAAUUUUGUUGAUGGAGAGGAUUUCGAAUGACAGCUGGAACAGUGGUCAUCACAGGUGGAAUCCUAGCUGCCAUCAUCUUAUUGACUAUUGUUACGGUCUUGUGUUACUGUAGACUGCAGUAUUACUGUUGUAGGAGGGAGGAGUCGGAGGGAGGGGAGGAGGAGGAGGCAGACGUCACCAGGGCACCUCCAACUCCACCACGUCGACCGAGCCCACCCGAGAGUCCGCUGAGUCUUUAUCCCUUCCCUGAAUACGCCUCCACCAAUCAGCUUCUAAUGACUGCAGAGCCUUUCCAACCUAAUGGACCGCUCCGGUAUCCUCACUACAGACCCAGGCGCUCCUACACUUUCUGCCCGUCCUGCUCUGGAUAUCUGCCGCUUUACGUGAGCCCUCAGGAGAGCCUGCGUAAUGGAGGCGGCAGGAUCUGCUACGGGACUCAAGAGGAGUUGAACCUGCCGAUGGACACGCCCAGCUUCAACAAACUCGACCUGUUUCGCUCGGUUACCAUGCAGGAUGUUCUGUCCCAUCACAGCAUCAGCACCGAUGUGUAGCAUCUCUAAUUCCACUUGAUGUGUUGUCACACAUGCUGAUUUGUGUAGCCAGUUACUGAUUUUAUUUAUUUUAUUCAGAUUUUUCCAAACGUGACCGAAUCUGUGAAAACCCAGCUAAAGUAAUUUUUGUGAUUUACUGUUUUCUACAUAAAAAAAAUCAUACCUAACCUUGACAUCUUUACUAUUUAAGGUCAUUUCAUAGAUUAAAAUAAUAUAUUAAACUUUCAUACUCCAAAUCUCAUAACAUUUUCGUGACGAUUUUAGGUUAGCCUAUUAGCCUAUGAGAUGAUUUGUGAAUUUUUUUGUCCCAAAAUUUCAUAAUGUAUCAGAGGGUGUUAUUGGUGAAAAAAGGCAACUGUUUAUUUUAUACUCGCACUCCUUAUGUGUAACUUUGAGGGCUUUUAAUGGCACGAAAAUUUUUAAUAUUAUUGUUCACAUACAUUUUUCUGGAUCACUGGUAUGUUGCGGUGAACUAGGUAGAAAAGUUUAAAAUUAUGGUGCGGAUGUGUAUUUAGGGUGUAGGCUACAAUUGUAAUGCUGACUAAAAGCCAUAGCUCUACAUGUAGGAUGUGAAUUUGUGAGUUUGUUUCUGUAACCCAUUGAAUUGACAGGUUAUAUUGAGUGCCCAGGGAUGACGUAUUUUUGUAGGCCAACCUGGAAGUUAGCAAGACCCUGAUGCCCUCGCCAAAAAAACCCAUUAAUUUUUCAUAGACUUUUGAAUCAUCAAAAAAAUAAGCAUUUUUUUUGCCCUUUUUGCCUUUAUUAAAGCAACACUAAAGACUUAUUGCUCUUUGCUCCCCCUACAGGUUAGAAGCGUAAUUGUUCAUUACCACUGUCGUAAAUACUGCAGCAUAACUGGCUCUGAUUGGAUUGUAGGUCUGCCGUAAAGCAAGUUUUUGUAGUUUUCACUCGAACUACAGGACCACUACCCGACGGUUGGAAACUUCUUUAGUGCGGGUUUGGCCAAUAGAGGGCUGCAAAGCGAAUGUGAAAGUGCCGUUCACCCUGUUUUGAGUGGAUGAACCACUGAAACUUUUUUGGAAACGUUAUUUUAAGGUAAAAAAACCUCUUUGGUGAAGGAGGAGAGGACAGUAAAGUACAGGGAGGAGAGAGAUGUAUGGGAUCGGCAAAUGACCACAAGCCACGAAUCGGACUCGGGUUGCCGAAAGUGCGAAAGCACCACAUGUCGAAGCGCUACCCACUACACCAUCGGCUCCGACAGCUCACACGUUUUGUCCAACAAGAUAAUCUUCACAGAUGAACACAAUUUAUGAAUUUUGAAGACUUAUGCUGCGUUUACAUCAGCCACGGUAGAUGCGGCAAAAACGCGCUAUUCACGCGUAGUUGGACGCUUGAACAUUUGAGUUUACUCGCUUCAUUCGCGCGUGAAAGCCGCGUGUGAAAUUCUAGUCAUUCGAGACAUUCAUGCGGAAAUUCGCGUCAUGGGAGGGGCUUCUGCGACUCUGCUGAUACUCCGCUCGCUUCCUGUAAUCACGUCACUACUACAACAAGGUCCUGAUUGGUUAACGCGGCGCGCAAAUCCCCCGAAGUUCAGAUUUUUCAACUCGCGCGUUUCCCGCGGCAACGCUCAAUUCGCACGGAAGCACCGCACGUUCCGCGCCAUUCGCGCCGUGCCUACCGCUCCGCAGGAUGCCUAAUCGUGUCUUUGCAUUGACUUAACAUGUAAAUCACUUGCGCUUGCCGCCUCUACCGCGGCUGGUGUAAACACAGCAUAAGACCCUGUUUACACGUACAUGGUUAUUUUGAAAAACUGAGACAUUUCCCUUCGUUUGCACCCUUUGUUUACACGCAAACGGACAACUCGCCUCUGAAUCUGAUUCUUUCUAAAAACUCCGGCCAGAAUGGAGAUUUUGAAAAUCUUUUGUUGCACGGUUGCACGUAAACUGAGACAAAUGGAUGUUUAGGCAGCCAAAGUCACAUAUGCACCAGAGCUCGCACCUACGUCAAAAGUGCGACCUUGUUCAAAAGAGGAACAGGAAGUGAUUCGUUGCUGUUUUCGGGUUUCUGAUUGGCUUACGUGGGCUUGAGCUUCUCGUUACACCACAUAUACACGGGUACGUGUCAAUGAACUCUUUUCUGUGUGGACGAAGUUAUUUUUGAAACCGGAGAGGUUGAAGUGUACGUUUAUAAAAAAAGCCGCCCACGUGUAAACGUAGGCUACAAGCGAACUACGCCACGGUCUUUCGACAUCAACGCCAUCACCACCAAGCUUCCGACAGCUCUUUCAAACUUUAUUUAACACAUUUAAAAACAUGUUCCUGACAAGAAAAUACUCUGUGGAUGAAUCUUUGUUGGGAAUUGUACCCAUGUUGCAUUGUUAUUGAGAUCUUCUUGCAUGAUGACGUUAAAAUGCAGUGACAAAGUUUGUAGUCACUGUAGCAACUUGUACGCAACCGUCCUUUUAAAGAGCACAUAUUUUCCGAUUCACGAUUUUACAUUUCCUUUGGUGUGUAAGUGUGUAUUAGUACAUGUUAACGAUAUGCAAAAGGUACAAACCCAAAGUAAACGAUGAUGCGAGUUAUGGUCUCCAACGUAAAUCUCUUUUCUAAUUGACACGGAUUGAAGGCAACAGUACUCCUGGGAUUGGUGAUCUAGACAAGACCGACAUUAUCAUAAUUCCUCCCGCUUGGACUCACAGCCUAUAAGUUAACUCCUGUUAGCAUUGCAUCGUGAGCGAAUCUUUCAAACAUGGUAAGGAGCGUCACAUUUUCGGCUUGUGUCAAGAGGUAUUCAGGCCAAUCACAACGUACAGAUUAGCUGGCCAAUCAGGGAAACAGCGCUUUUCAAAUUGAUGAGUUUUGUACAACUCAAUGCGUUUGAGAGAGGCAGGAUAUCUGGGGUUACAAAAAUGUAUGGUAUGUGAAAAAAUAAUGUGUUUUUUGAACCAUAAACCACGCGUACACAUUGUAUUAUACCAAAUACACAAAAUAACGUUGUUUUUAGCAAUGAAAUAGGAGCACUUUAAAAAGUCACGAGUGGGAGUAUUACUGGUUUUGGGUAGUAGAAUAAAACGUGAAAAUAUCUCGGGCUUAUGUUGACCCAAGAUCUUAUUUAAGGAGUUUAACAAAAAACAAUCUUCGAGACGAUUGGAUUCGAGACUAACUCGCUACCGGGUUUUGCCUACAAAAAUACAGCAUCCCUGGCCUGCAGCACUAAUUCUUUGCAUUAAAAUGUUUGUACAUAGUGGCACUUUUGUUAUUGUUUUAUCAAGAUGAAACUCCAAAGAUUAAAAAGACUUUGGUUCCACUUUAUUUUAUGGUGUACUUACCCAAUAAAAAAUUAUAACUAUACAGUAUUGUCCAAAAGUCUUAGGCCACCACAAGCUUAGUUAUUUUAAAGACCUUCCAUAUUUAUGUUUUGCUCUCUUUAUUAAGAUACAAACAGAAACUUAACAAAAUAUGUAUAAAAAACAAUUUUCAGAAGAAAAUAUCUUCUUCAGGAAAAGUUAUUCUUUUGUGUCCUCUUUUGGCACAUCUUGAACAUUUUUAAAGGGCACUGAAGUCUAUUAGAAUUUAUUAGACUAGAAUUUCAUUUCAUUCUGGUUUAAAAUAUGAACCUGCAGGUUCCUGCUAUUUCUCAAGUCUAAUAGGAGAUCACAAUUAACACUUUAGCAGAUAAUUUUAUUCUGCAUUUUCUAGUUGUAUUCUAAUAAAGAGACUGAAAAAUAAUCACAUAUGAUCAUUAUUGCAAAAAACAAAUCUAAUGAUAGCAUGGUGGCUAGACUGCAUACAGUACUGUGUGCACAUAAUAUGGGUAAAGGUUAAGGGCUGGCACCACGUAAAUGCACAUUUCACCCGAAGAAUGAGCUGCUUUGUUUAAAGUUUAUAUUUGAGAUUUGUCAACAUUAAUCUUUUGCUGUGAUGAUUUUCGAUUGGCAAGUUUGAGGUCCUUUGACAAAUACUGCACAACUUGUAUACAGGCCAGCAGGUGGCAUCAGCUCUUG